AUGUUCUUCACCAGAGACUUCACCAGAAACUUCACCAGAAACCUCACCAGAAACUUCACCAGAAACUUCACCAGAAACUUCACCAGAAACUUCACCAGAAACCUCACCAGAAACUUCACCAGAAACUUCACCAGCAACUUCACCAGCAACUUCACCAGCAACAUUCUUCACCAGAAACUCCACCAGCAACAUUCACACCAGAACCGUGCUUGUCCCCACCAGCAACAAUGCCGUUGA